UCAGCCCGGGCAAGAGGUGGGCAUUCCUGGAUGUGUCGCUGAGGCAGGAGCAGGUACGAUGGGCAUCUGGGGACGACUGGCCUUCUUGCUGUUGCUGCUGUUGCUGCUGCGAGGCCUGGGGCAGUCCUCGUGGCCUGCAGCAGUGGCCCUGGCUCUGCGCUGGCUCCUGGGAGACUCUGCCUGCUGUGGGCUGCUGGUCCUGGCUGUGCUGGCGUGGCCCUGGCUCGGGCCCUGGAUGCCCCACUGGCUGAGCCUGGCGGCCGCGGCCCUCACGCUGGCUCUGCUGCCCACGCACCCGCCCCCAGGGCUGCGCUGGCUGCCUGCAGACCUGGCCUACAUCUUCAAGGUUCUUCGCCUGGGCCUGAACAUCCAGGCGCGCUUGAGCCGGCAGCCACCUGACACCUUCGUAGAUUCCUUCGAGCGGCGGGUGCGAGCGCAGCCAGGGAGAGCGAUCUUGGUGUGGACGGGGCCGGGGAGCCGCUCGGUCACCUUCGGGGAGCUGGACGCCAGGGCCUGCCGGGCGGCGUGGGUCAUGAAGGCCGAGCUGGGCGACGCCACGGGACCCCGCGCUCAGGAGCCCACCGCCCUCCUCGUGCUGCCCUCGCAGACCAUUCCUGCCCUGGGCCUGUGGCUCGGGCUGGCCAAGCUGGGCUGUCCGGUGGCCUGGAUUAAUCCACACGGCCGGGGGGCGCCCCUGGUGCACUCGGUGCUGAGCUCUGGGGCUCGGGUGCUGGUGGUGGACCCAGGCCUCCGCGAGAACCUGGAGGAGGUCCUUCCCAAGCUGCAGGCAGAGAACAUCCGCUGCUUCUACCUCAGCCACUCCUCCCCCACGCCGGGGGUGAGGGCUCUGGGGGCUGCCCUUGAUGCGGCACCCUCAGACCCCGUGCCCGCUGACCUUCGAGCUGAGAUCAAGCUGAGAAGCCCAGCCCUGUUCAUCUACACCUCGGGGACCACCGGGCUCCCGAAGCCAGCCAUCCUCACGUACGAGCGGGCGCUGCAGAUAAGCGGGAUGCUGACCCUGUGUGGGGUCAGAGCUGAUGACGUGGUCUACACGGUCUUGCCUCUGUACCACACGAUGGGGCUGGUCCUUGGGGUCCUUAGCUGCCUGGAGCUUGGAGUGACCUGUGUCCUGGCUCCCAAGUUCUCUGCCUCCUGCUUCUGGGACGACUGUCGGCAGCACGGCGUGACUGUGAUCCAGUAUGUGGGCGAGGUCCUGCGGUACCUGUGCAACACUCCCCAGCGGCCAGAGGACCGAACACAUAAAGUCCGCCUGGCGAUUGGCAGUGGACUCCGGGCAGAAGUGUGGGAGACCUUCCAGCAGCGCUUUGGCCCCAUUCGGAUCUGGGAAGUCUACGGCUCCACGGAAGGCAACGGUGGCUUUGUCAACUAUCCAGGGCGCUGUGGGGCCCAGGGCAAGACAAGCUGCUUCCUUCGAAUGCUGUCCCCCUUCGAGCUUGUACAGUACAACAUGGAGACAGAGGAGCCUGUGAGGGACAACUGGGGCCUCUGCAUCCCUGCGAGGCCAGGGGAGGCAGGGCUCCUGCUGACCCAGGUGCUGCGUCACCAACCUUUCCUGGGCUACCGUGGGCCCCGGGAGCACACAGAAAGGAAGUUGGUGAAGAACGUGCGGCGCCCGAACGACCUUUACUACAACACCGGGGACGUGCUGGCCCUGGACGACGAAGGCUUCCUCUACUUCCGCGACCGCCUCGGGGACACCUUCCGGUGGAAGGGUGAGAACGUGUCCACGCGGGAAGUGGAGGGCGUGCUGUCACUCGUGGACUUCCUGCAGGAGGUGAACGUCUACGGUGUGCCUGUGCCAGGAUGUGAGGGCAAGGUGGGCAUGGCUGCCGUGCAGCUGACCCCCGGCCAGGCGUUUGAUGGGCAGAGGCUGUACCAGCACGUGCGCACGUGGCUCCCCGCCUACGCUGCCCCUCAUUUCAUUCGUAUUCAGGACGCCUUGGAGAUCACAAGCACGUUCAAACUGGUGAAGUCGCGGUUGGUGCGCGAGGGCUUCAACGUGGGCAUUGUUGCUGACCCCCUGUACCUGCUGGACAACCAGGCCCGAGCCUUCCGGCCCCUGACUCCAGACAUAUACCGGGCAGUAUGUGAGGGAGCCUGGAGACUCUAACCAUCGGGUCAGCCCACAGGACGUCCGAAGGCACUAGGCCCAACGCUGAUCACCACUCCCUCUUGUAUUGUCACCCACACCCCAGACCUGCACGGCGUCGUCAGGAAUCCCAGCCUCUCCUUAUCCCCAGCUGCACAGUGUGGGAUGACCCUGGCCCCGCAGCAGAGCGAGAAUAAACUUGGA